UCAUGCGUAGUCAAAUGAACAAAAAUUAUGUUUUUCCAAGAACCAAGGAAGACCUAUCUGAAAGUCGUUGUGAGGUAAAAAAAACACUUCCGAUUAGAAGAAGAACUAAUACAGAACCAAACUAAAUAGAAUUAAACAAAUAAUCUUAACCUAAGUCUGCUGAGAAAAAGGAGACUAAAUAAUUAUUAAUAAAAGGGUCUUUGACUGAUAGAAAAAGUAUAAGAUAGACAAUUCCUUAGUCUUAAAUGCUAGCAGAUUAAAUUAUAAAAUAAUUUGAAUUAUAUAAAAGGAAUAAAAGACUAUUAAGUGUUGGAAAAUCAUUGAGUAGAAUAAGAAAUUUGUUACAAAAAUAACAGAUGUGA